CCAACCCACAACAAAAACCCUUCUACUACUCUCUAUACACACAUAUUUUUCUAGCAAAAUGUCUGGUAUUUGGAAGUUCAAUAGUAAUGGUGUAUAUGAAAUUGUUAAUCCACAAGCAGAAAGUAAUUCGGAAGGAAGGCAAGGUGGGUCGUCCGUCGGGCGAUCAACGGUUUUGGAGUAUUUGCCAACUAGUCAGGUGAUAUCUUCCUACUCUGAAUUAGACCAGAUUUUGAGCGAUUUAGGGUGGGAAAGGUACAGAGGAGCCCCUGACCUCUUGCAAUACCACAAGCAGUACUCUAAUGACCUCAUUUCACUCCCAAGAGACUUCACCAUGUUCAGCUCAGUUCACAUGUUCGAUAUUGUCGUUAAGAUUCCCAAUGUCUUCCACGUUCGUGAUAUGUGAGAAACUACCCAUCUCUCAAUUCCCUCCAUAUUACAUAUGUUUCUUGUAAUAUCUUUCUUCUAUGUGUGAUGAUUUCAGCUUAAGUAUUUCUCCUAUAUAUAUAUAUAUAUGUCGUUUGAAUAUUAGUAUGUCUUCUACAUAUAAAUAUGAUCAAUAGUUGUGCGUUUAUGUAAGCUUUGUAAUAAUUAAUGUUAUUGUAA